AUGAAAUCAUCUUCUAUUCCCCAUUCUACAGGAGAAGCACCUCUCACCGGCGGUUGGAGGCCAAUUCCGAACGUAGCCGCGCCUACAGUCGUCGACAUCGGGAAGUUUGCGGUUGAUGAGCACAACAAGAAUGACCAUACGUCUCUCAAGUUCGAAAAAGUGACGAAGGGAGAAAGCCAAGUGGUCGCCGGAAUGAACUACAAAUUGACAAUCACGGCGGAGGACGGCAGCGUAAACAACAAUUACGAGGCGGUUGUUUGGGUUAAGCCUUGGCAGAAAUUCAGGCAACUUGUGUCCUUUAAGGGACCCGUUUGA